ACAAUGUCCCGAAUCCACCUGCGCAUGGCCGGCUAUGUGGUCACCCUAGCACUACACCUCACAAAUGGCUUGUAUAUGAGGAGUUUCCAUACGAAAGAAUUGCUGGAAGACCCUGAAAUAAGGACUUUUGUUGGCGUCCAGUGGAGAUACAUCACAACGUGGACUUUUCUCUUUCAAAUGCUGUACGCCCUCAUCGGACUGAGCUGUGAUUGGUUGACACUGAAAAACUCCUCGAACAAGAAAUACAAAGUCCCGAGUUUCCUGACCAACAGUAGAAACACCUUGUAUUCCGCUAUAAUUUGGCCUUCGACUUUUCAAGUGGCAACCCUAUUCUGGCCUUUCUACCUCUACAACGUGCAACUGGUGUACCCAAUCUUCAUAGAUAGGGUUGUCACCCGUUUAUCCAAUCAUAUCAUGCACAGCUUCAUAAUACCAAUAGCUGUAUGGGAGAUGUUGAUGAGGCCGCAGAAAAGACCUCAGAGCGAAGCGAAGAUUGUUAGUAUAAUGUCGGUGUAUACUGUAGCUUAUUGGGCUGUAUUAUUCUACACAUACAUCGAGCAAGAUUACUGGAUAUAUCCCAUAUUUAAAUAUGUAUAUGGCACAAUUUAUUUGCCAUUACUUAUAUGCUAUAGUUUCCUACUUUUAUUUAUAAAUUAUAAGUCGCAAUGGAUUGUAAUAGAGUAUUUGUAUCCGUCAAAAAAAGUUAAUAAAAAUUGUGGCGUUAUAGACGAUGGUUAUAUCGCUACAAAAGAUGGUUAUGGCGUUAUAGAAAAUGGUUAUGGCGCUACAGAAGAUGGUUAUUUAACUUGUCAAGUUAUAGAGAUACUAUGUUGUCUGUAUUACUGUGGAUAUUCUGUCUGCAUAAUGUCGAAACUGGGCUACCUCCGAAUGCUAGGUUACGUGACCACACUAACAAUGCACAUAGGCAAUUUAGUGUACGUAGGAAUGAAUCUGACAGAAGAUGUUCUGGAAGACAAAAGAGUAAGAAUUUUUGGUGAGACGAGAAGAAGAUAUUUCACCUGCUGGACUUUCUUCCUUCACAUGAUAUACGCCAUAAUUGGGUUAACCUGCGAGAUCCUGGUAAUAAAGAGCAGUAAUAUAAAGAACUACAGCCUUCCCAAACACUUGAAAGGAUGUAGAGAUACUAUGUUUGCUGCUCUACUAUGGCCGGCUUCUCUGCUCGUGUUCACAGUAUUCUGGUCCCUAUUCCUAUACGACCGAAGCCUCAUUUUCCCUGACUUCAUCGACAAGGUGCUCACACCCACAUCUAACCACAUCAUGCACACGGCGAUCGUACCAACGGUACUGUGGGAGAUAUUGCUCCAGCCGAGAUUCGAACCCAGGUCCCAUGUGAAGAAUGUCGCGCAUCUGGUUGUUUAUAUGUUGGUGUAUUUGGGAGUGUUCAUCUAUACCUACAUUGAGCGAGGUAUAUGGUUAUACCCCAUAUUCAAGAAGCUAUACGGAACGAUAUAUUUCCCUCUGACUAUGUUGAUAAUUUUCGUUCUUUUAUUAAUAUUUUAUCGCAUUCAGUGGACGAUUUCCUAUUUAAUCUAUGGCAAGGAGAAAACGAAAAAAGAAAAGGCGAAAAAAAUACGUUAAUUAUACUCUGUAUCUUUAGGUAUUUAAAUAAAAGUAAAAAAAUCUACCCUCAAAUGGCUCCUUAAGCCAGUUGAGGGUAGAUGAAAACAUUACAUGAUCAAAUAAUGUAGGUUAACGUCAUGUCAUUCAGUAACAGUUCCAGGUAGUUUUGUAUUUGGUUGGUUAAUCAAUAAAUGUUA